AUGGGCUACAAACCGAACGAGGCGGGCGGCGAAAGUAGCGCCAGAGAAAGCCGUUGCUGCCGGAAGCGAAAGCGGACGUCGGAAACCUGCGAGCAGGCUGCCUCAGCUGCCAUCUUGCCAUCCAGCGCAAGCGAAAAGGUCACUUGCAACGGGCUAGACAGCAUCUGGGACGACGAUGGCGAUGCCGAUGUCCCUUGUGACACCCUUGCCGCAAUUCUAUUGUUGAAGUCUCAGUUUCCAAAGUUCGCUUCUGCACACGUGCACCCAGUGGUGUUGAAGUCUCAGCUCUACAGCAUCGUGACGGACCGCACCAUAGUUGACAGGGAGCUGGACUCCCUCAGGCACUCUCACAAAAUUAGGUGGCUCAGACUCCCAUUUGGGACUGACGAGUAUGCUGUGGUUGUCAUGGAGGACUACCAUGAAGAGAUCAACGAUGCCAAGCGAAGGCAUUGCUCAACAGCAGAAAACGAACAUGCUGGUAGAGUUUUUGAUUGCUUUAAGGAGCAGAUCCUCUCAAGUGUGGUGGAUGUCAAAGUAUCACAUGCCGAUCUGUUGAAUCUGCUGCAGUGUUGGUCUGAUAGCACACCAGACCAGCCUGUUGAGGAAGAACAGAUUUCUGCACUCCUUGGUGCGGGGCUUCUGACUAGAAUGACAACGGCACGCCUUCAAGGUUACCACUUUGCAGUUCCCAGUGCAGGGCAUGUUGUGGCUAGCAUCACGAAAGGCCGAAGAGAAUUGAUUGGGCUGUUCAAGAAGCGGCGGAACUCAGAGAUAGCAGAGAAGGAGUUGUUCAGCGGAAAGUAUAAGUUGAAACAGAGCAAGCUGGGUGUGCGUUUUCACACGAGGGACUUGGUGGGAAAAGGAAUCUUGCAUCAAAUUCGGUCGACAGUGGGAACAGUGUACAGAUUGGCAAAAGGGGGCGAAUGA